AUGCCUUCUUCAUGUAAAGAGAUUAGACAAGAACUAGUCGAAUGUAUGCUCAAAUCAAAAUGUGUAUUGAAAGGAAAUACUAUCAAGGAAUGCUUUCAACCAGAACAUAAAGACGAUGUUCCUGACGAAUGCUUCAGUAUCAAAAAGAGUUUUGCAGAAUGUCGAAGAGGAAUGAUUGAUCCACGCAUGCGCUUUAGAGGAAAUAAGACACAAUAA